AUGAACAAGAUGCCAACUAAUCUCAAAGAUCCCAAAAACUUCUCUAUCCCUUAUGCCGUUAACAAGAUGCAAAUUGAUAAUGCUUUAUGUGACUUAGGGGCUAGUGCUAGCCUAAUGCCAUAUUCGGUCUAUCAAAGACUUGAGCUAGGGGAACUUUUGCCUUCUAAUAUUACCUUGCUAUUGACCGAUAGGUCAAUUAAGAUUCCUAAGUGUAAGGUGGAGGAUGUUCCUUUGAGAUUAGGGAAGUUUGUGAUUUUAGUGGACUUUGUGGUUCUUAAAAUGGAUAAAGAUGCUACCAUUCCUAUAAUUCUUGGUAGACCUUAUCUUACUACCUCGGGUGCCAUGGUUGAUGUUACGAGUGCAAAAUUUUUACUUAAGGUAGGAUAUGAGGUCAUUGAAUUUGACAUGUAUGAAAGCAUGAAGAAUCCAUGUUCUUCUUUAGAAAAUUGUAUGAUGAUUGACUCUCUUGAUCAUGUUGUGUCUUCCAUGCAUGAGCACUUGCUCACUUCUAACGAUGAGAUAGGUGCUCUUAGCAAGGAAAUAUCUUGGUAUGAAGAUGUGCUCAUGAAAGGCCUUUAG